UGCGCUGAAAUGCACUCGUUACAAUUAAUAAGAAAUGGAGGUGUAAAAAUUAGCUGGCAAAGUAAUUAGUUUAAUUUACCAUUGCGUUAUUUCCCAAAAUUCUUCUCACUAUAAAAAGUUGAACCAAGCCAUACAACUUUUGCCACCACAAUUUCCGAAUUAUUGGCCGAAACAUUAAAAUGUCUCCGGUUAAGCUUAUUAAAGAAUGCUUUGUCCGACCGAAAUCCGACGUCGACGACUCUGAAAGAUACCAUUACCUAAGUCCUUUAGCCUUCAAUUUGCUAUCAGUACGUAACACACAAUAUGGUCUCUUAUUUAGUACCUCAUCUUACAAAUCUAAAAAUUUCUUUGACAACCUUAAACUCUCUCUCUCUCAUGCUCUUGUUCACUUUUAUCCUUUAGCUGGUCGUCUUGUUACCAAAACCUACGACGAACAGCAUAGUUGCUUUAUCUUCGUUGAUUGCAAAUCCGGCCUCGGAGCUAGGCUCAUCCAUGCUUCCUCAGUAGACGUCAGUGUUGAUAACAUGGUUAAUACUAGCACAUAUUGUGUCCCACUAGUGAUCCAGUCAUUUUUUGAUCUUGGCGAGAGACAAGCCAAUCACGACGGCCAAACAAGGGCGUUGUUUAUCGGAUGUUGCAUUAACCAUUGUGUAGUUGACGGUACAUCUUUCUCUCAUUUUCUUAACAUGUUAUCUACUACCUCCGUUUUUUUUUUAUGUGCAACUUUUGCCAUUUUAGUCCGUUCACUAUUAUGUGCAACUUUCUUUUUUCAUUUUAUUUUGGGUAAACAAAAACCCUUUAAAUUACUAUAUUACCCUUCAUUAAAAAUUAUAACCUUCUUACUUUUACCCCUCAUUACCCAUAAUCCUCACUUAUAAUUAAACCCCCUAAAUUAGACUAACCUAAUUACUCCCUCCAUUUACUCCUCCCAACGGACACAAUUACCUUAUCUUCCCAACCACCUUUAUUAAACUGAUCUAGAGAGUUCUUUAGAACCCUAGAUCAGUUUCUUCGUCUUCGUUGUGUUCUUGGUCUUC